CGUAAAUUAUAUGAACUUGUGGGGUGAAUAGGGCAAAACCAAUUUUCAAAAAAAAAAGAGGUUAGUUUUGUGUUUGACUUUAAGUUGUAGGUCAAUUUUGCAAAAAUCCCUACAUACUAUCAUCAAAUUCAACACGCAUUAGAAAUAGUUUAAUUAAGUAGAUAAAAUUUGUUGACAGAAAAAGUAGAUAAAAUUUAACUAAUAUAUACUAUUGUAAAAUUAAUUUUUUGGACGACAGAAAUAACUAUUCUAAACAAGCAAAAUAUAUUUUAUCACUUAUAAUCCCUCCUCAGCUAAAACUUUCAAAAAGACAACAAUCAUUAUUAUACACAUGUUUGCAAAUGCAAACCUAUAAGAUAAACCACAAAUCAUACAAAAAUAAUAAUAAUCUAGAUCAAGUUAAUUUUAAUUACACAGCGAAGAAGAUUCAAGCCCAAAGGCAAACCAAAAUGAAAUAAUGAAAUCAAACUGAUCAAACCGUAAACCAAAUUCAAACUGGCGUCUAAUAACUAGUGAAUCUGUAUUGAGUUUCGAUUAACGAGUUCUCUCUCUCUAGUAUUGCUCUGACUCUUCUUGGGCACUAUGGUUCUCCCGGCAGAUGCAUUCAAGAUUGCCGCGUGUAAAAUAAUCGAGGGAAGCGAUGCUAGAGCUGACUACGUGGAGGCUAUGAAUCAUCUCAGGGAUUUUCGAUCAAUUCUUUGAACUUGUCGUUGUUUUUGGUUUAGUAUUCUUCUUUAAUUGUAAUUGGAACUAAUCUUUUCUUGUGUUAGACGUACGAGCUUCAUUAUAUCGAUCGCUGGCUCCGGGAAGUUAACAAUAAGACAUUGGAUCCCUUAGACAGUACUGAGCUCAUACCUAACAAAGCAGUCUCGCGUCUGAUUCUAGGAUGGUGCAAAGAAAACAAUGUUAUUCUGACAAGGCGCUUGUCCAUAACAAGAUAGGAUCUUCAUCAGUUUCUUCUCAGAGGGAGGCGGCUAAAGAACUCCAUCGCCAAGCAAGACUCUUCCCCAUUUUCUGCUUCUCUUUGGUCACUCGGAGGAGCUGACAUUGAUCAUGAGCUUCAAAGGGAGCUCGUUAAGACAGUCUUUCACGUGUCAGUUCAGGAGGAGAACAGAGUCUUCAUAGCUGAAAACGCUCAUGUCUUCUCUGAAGCAGGGUUCUAAGGAGACACAAGAAGACGCUGCUGCUACAUUAUCUCUGCUGUCUUCUUGUGACUCUAACAUGCAGCCUAUAGGUCGUGCUGGUGCCUUAAAGCCCCUAAUUGAUGUACUCGAUGAUGAUGACGCAUCCGCUUUCAACACAGUGUCAAACCGAAAACAGAACCAGGGUUUUACAAGAAGGGGUUGUUUCCAUACUUACCAGAAAGGCCAAAGCUGUAGCCUGGGUUGACCGCAUUCUACCUCUUCUGGCUCUACUCUCUGCACACCAACAGGCUGCCAAAGAAAUGAAUGAUCCAGAUUUUCAAGAAAGAAGCUGUGGAAAAGGCUGUGGUAAUAAUCUGCAAUGUCUGCAAGCAAGAUGAAGCCAGUCUGCAACUUCUACAGGAAGAGGAAAAUCUGAUUGCCACAGUUUCUAGACUACGGGACAGAACGGGUUCAGAAUAUACUAUCUGCGUUUCUAAAAGACUAUUGAGAAUAAAAUAGGUCUUAGAUCUUCCUUUGAAUACCUACUCUUCCAUAUAGAUACUGGUCAAUAUUGAUCUUUAGAAUACUUGCAGAAAUAUUGGAUCCAUGUUGAUCUUAUAAAUGUUGUGGAGACAAUACUUAAUCCAUCUUUGAUCUUUUGAAUACUUGUACAGAUAACAUUUCAUUCUUAUGAUAUAAGCAAACUUUUACUCGUCCCUCUUUCCACUACUGGGUUGAUUUAUCUUUGUGUGGCAUCAAUAGUCACUCCUAAAAUAGUCCUAUAAAGUCAUGAGCACGAUACCUGUCACAAGGCAGGGGAUAAACAAUAUGUUGUGUAUAGACUUGUGGGACCUUCAAGCCAAUGACAGGUAAACAUCAUCUUCUUCUAAAAUGCAUAGAUGUAGAAAUGUGUAUCUUAGAUAUGUACAGUCCAUUAUUAUCUAAUCUAGAAAAAAACUCAGUGCUCACAGCAAUUAGAUCUCCAAAUUGUCUUGUGAACUUUGUUCCGAUGGGCUGUAGACUAAACAUAGUACUGUUGCACCUGCAAUAUCCACCUUCUUGUACCAGUAAACAAAACAGAAAAGCCAGGGUUUGGGACACAAAGGCCUCUUCACCUAAAGUUAAAACAAGGUACAACCGGGCUUAACGGUCAUUGACAUCAACUAGUCGUGAAAUUUUGUCACGAACCUACUCAGAGGCAGGCAUGCAGACAAGAUUUAAAGUGCAUAUCGAGAACACUAACAGCUAUUGUCCCAUUACCGACUUGUUCUUCCUGUGUAUGGCUAAGCUUAAUCAUCCUACAAAAAGAACAUUUCAGGCUCAUAUAAUAAUGACUUGACAGAAAAUAAUGGUGUGUAGUAUACCUGAAGAAUUUUUGCCACUUGGUUGAGGAGAAUCUUUACUUUGUCUUCUUAAGAGUACGGUACAUGCUUUGGGUUUUUCAUAAUUACAGCUCCACAGGCAUUCGCAAGUCUGUUGUUGUCCAUCUUUCUCAGCCUUGCGAUUGCACUAACCUCAGCUUUACUGAGGUAGUGACAGGCCAAGUCAUCUUCCAGUUUGACCAGAACUUGUCAGUGCUCUUCUCUAACCAAGUCGGCAUUGGUUUGGUUUUCACCUUUCUUGUACUAAAGAAGGCAACCAAGAAGAAUAAUCCAUGCGCUGACAAUCUUUCUCUUCAUUUUACCAGGAGCAAUUACGUUUUUGUUAAAUAUAAUUCCUCUCAGAACCACGAGAGGAACCUCUCCACCUCCACACUGUUACACAUACAUAAGGACAAGGCCAUAGCCCAUUAUACCUAAAGCCUGAAGAUGGUACAAAGCUUCUAGAAGAAUGAAGGGGAUCUUAUCUAGGAGCAAAGAUUCCAAUUAUGCAGAAUAAGCACCACAUGAAGAUAAGACACUUGCUCUCAACGGUUUCAAAAAAAAAAGUGUGACAAGGCUGACUUCAUUAUUUAAGCAUGGUGAGAGAAUGAGAUUUAUUCAGAGACUAGAUCAAUCAAGUGUAGUGAGGUGAGAGAAAAAUAAUCACGGCAGUGCCUAAUACACUCUUCAAAGCAAAACUAGUGGCAGACAACAAAAGAAUGAGUAGAUGUAAUGUACAUACCAAGUAAAAUAUAUCAGAUGUAGCCCCAUCAGUGACUUCCGAGAAAAAAUAAGUCAGGGACAAAAAAAAACAAAUAAGAAGACAGCAAUGGACAAAAGAGACAGGGAAGUCAAACCUUAGGUGCAGGGUGAGCAACAUUAAGUUCACGCAACUAGGCAAAUUUGGGUUUUAGAGAAAUCAAAAAAGCGUUUAACAAUGCACUCCUCGCAAAACUGAGCUCGCCACAUCCGGACAGCCUCCUUACUGGUAGAGUAUUUGUCCCCAUUGGAGAAUCAGAAAUCCUCGGUCAGUCAACACACACUUCGAUAGUCCCAGACUCUUUUGUUGUUGGAUUUUUACUUUAAAAUUAAAAAAAAAAAUUAAAAGUCGUAGGCCCACCGUAUGUGUUGCUGGCCCUUUAACUCACGUGACCCUUUAAAAAGUGACCCCAUAUUAUUAUUUACCUUGUCCGUUUAGAAACCCUAAAUUUUACUUUGUUUAGUUAGCAUCAUUCUGAAAAUUCAGUCUAAAUGGGUAAACGAGCCGAUGAGGCGACGGUCAAGUAUGCGCACUCCCUAAGAGACGAACUCAGGAAGGUCUCGACGGUGAUUUUGGAUGAAAAAAACCAUGGUAGAGCCGUCGAAAUUGAAGCUAUUGAGGAAGCUAUUCGGAUCUUGAAUUGUCUGGAAAAGAUCCGAUCGAGUCUGUGUUCUUCAGCUCCGGAAGAGUUUCUCUGUCCACUCUCCAAGGAGAUAAUGCGUGAUCCUGUCGUUUUGACUUGUGGACAGAAAAAAUAUCGAAAGGUGGCUGGAGGAGAUUAGUGACCAGACUUGUCUCCAGAACCAACAAGUCGUUUCUGAUAUUGAUCUUACCCCAAACAAAGCGCUUGGCCGAUUAAUUUCACAAUGGUGCGACGAUAACAAAGUUAUAUUGCAUGAAUCAGUUUCUGAGUAACACGUUCCUUAUUGCCUUAUUGGUGGUGGUGGAACAAGUUUGAUCUUCUUUUCCCUUUGAUCUCCGAUUUCUUUUCCUUUUUUUUCCAAAAGUUUAUACGGCUUCUUAGUGAAAUAUUAUAUAGCAUCAGAUAUGUGAUCACAAAAUAUUUGAUGGUGCUACAAAAGAAGCUUAUAAAAUUGUUAAACAUCCCUAAAUAUAUUAACCCAUAUCAUCUAAUCUAUAUUAUAGACUUAACUGUGCAAAUUCUUAUGUUAACCGUAAAUUAUUAGUAUUUAAGAAUCUUCUCCAUCAAAAUGCACCCUGAUCACCAAAUUGGAAACACCACUUGCAACAAAUGCCAACUUGUCACAAACACUUUUAUCUCUGGGGAUAGGCGUGAUGCUAUUCUUUUGUAAAGUAACCAAAGUUAACUAAUAUUCUCCUGUUUUUAAUUACUCUUGUGAACACCCGUUUAAAAAAUACUCAAUUUGUAUAUUUUCUAAGCAAAGUUUCUGUAUAACCAAAUGAAAAACGAAAUGCAGAAUCUGAAGAAUUAUACACAAUAAAAAUUAAUAAUUUAUUUAUUAAAAAUGAAAAUGUCACCUAAUUUUUUUCAAAAAAAAAUUCUCUAAAGUAUUAUUAAAAACGGAAAGAAAAUAAUGAUGAUAUAUUCUCUUUUUCUUUUUGUAACUUGUGAUUAUGAAUUACGUGGGGAGAAGUUGAAAACAAAUUUACCAAUUAAAAAAUAGCCUUAAAACUAUUUAUUAUUGUCGAUUCGAUUAUAGAUUAUCUAGUGGAUUAUUACAUUUUAAUCUUUUAAUACUUCAAUACACAAAAAAAAAAAAAAUCAUAACUUUUCAAUCUAUACUAUGUUGGUGUAGUUUGAAGUAGUUUUUCAUUUAAAAUAUAAAGUAAAAUAAAAAGACGGUCGGUAUAAGUGAGUAGGAGUUGAUUUCUUUCGAAGCCGGCCGAGAAAUCAAAAACUCACUUCCGUCUCUUUUGAUCACAAACGUAUUCCCAUUCUAGAUUCUAGGGUUUCUUUCUCUACCUUGGACUUUUGGCGAACUUCCGAUAGAUAAGGGAAGUUUCGCAAUGGGGGCGAGAUUCAAGAACUUGCAACAAGAACUGACAAAGGUGCUGAAGGACGGAGAUGUGAUUACGGGGAUUCUAGAUGGAGAUGGCGAGAGGAAACCCAUUUUAGAUGAAGCUGCCAAGAUGCUGGAAGGUCUGCUCAAAGCGAGGAAGGCUUCAGCUGAACGUGCCCGAUGAAUUCCUCUGUCAUCUGUCCAAGAAGAUGAUGCGUGAUCCUAGCUACGAGCGAUACUACAUUGAUCGAUGGCUGAGGGAAGUCAACCACAGCGUUUGUCCCAAGCCCUUAUCUCACACAAAACUAAUACCAAACAAAGCACUCUCCAGCCAUAUCCGUCAGUGGUGCAAGGAGAACUUAGUCGACCUUCCUGAGACUGUAGCAGCUUGUUCUGAUAUGUCGAUUGUCAAAACACUGAUUGACAAGAUAUCCUCUUCAUCAGUCUCAUCUCAGAGGCCCACUGCCAUGCUAGGCUAUAUCCAACAUUUUCCAUCUUCUACGCUAACCAAGUUGCUUGAUCCACUCUUAAAGCCUGAUGUCGACAUUGAUCCUGAGCUACAAAGUGAUCUCGUUAAGACCGUCUUCUACCUCUCUUCCCACGAGGAGAACAAAACCUUCAUAGGUCAAAACCCUUCCAUCAUCAACACUCUAAUGUCUUGUUUGAAACAAGGGUCGAAGGAAACACGACGAGAUGCAGCUGCUACUUUCGCGUUGCUGUCUUCCACAGGAAGUUCAUUGCGUGUGUUGGCGCUCCUAGUAGAUCUUCUUGCACAAGGCGAUGACUCAGCAUUCGAUGCUGUCUCAAGUUUAUGUGUCUUGGAAGAAAACAGGGAUAGGGCUGUGCUGGCGGGUGCGGUACGUGUACUAACCAAAAAGCUCCAAGCUGAUGCAAUGGUCGACCAUUCACUUUCUCUCCUUGCUUUGCUCUCUACAAGCCAAAAUGCGGUUGAGCAAAUGACGGAGCUCGCGUUGGUGUUCACUCUCCUAAAGUUCUUGCGGCGUUCAACCUACCAACCAAAUGUGGAGAACGCUUUAGUGACCAUCUUCAAUGUAAGUGAAAGAGAUGGAUCCGGUUUAGAGUUCGUCAGUAAAGAGGAGAAACAGAAACGGACACUGACGAGCGUUGUUGUCAACGGGUCUGAACAUGCACAAACAAUGGCCCUAAGAAUUCUCCAGGUUGCAGCAGGAAGCCGACGCUGAAACAGAAUCCCCAUACAUAUAGAGAUGAAGGAAACAGCUCCAUCUUAGAUACCUACAAAUGCCAUUCUCUGAUUUUUUUUUCUUUUUGGAGUCAAUGUAUAGAUAUGAUACUAGUUGCCUACAGCCAUGAUUGUGUUUACAGGUUUUACCUUUUCUUGUUUGCAGUUUUUACUCUAAAUGGACUCCAAUAUUCAAAGUGUAAUCUAGUUUUACGCAUUUUACGUGGAUAAAUCUAAUGUUUUUAGUAUAAAGCUUUCUGCCUUAUAUAUUUCUGUAAAUAAUAAAUGAUAUACAGUAACAAUAUAAUAACAUAUUGAUGCGUGUGAAUCUGUAGUUAAAACGAUAUUAUUUCGUUUGAAGAAAACGAUAUUAUUUCGUUUGAAGAAAAUGAUAUUUGUGAUAAGAGAAUCUCUCCACCGUCAAUCCUUGUCUAAGAUUAACACUAACCAACACACUAGAUGGCGUCAAAUCAAAUAGCCACGUAAAGUCGUGUAAGUAUUUGAGCACAACAGUAAUUUCUCUAAUAAACAAACCAACUCCACUAGGGUCUAGUAGCCAUCUGCUUAUUCUCUCGACUCUGCUUUUUUCAUCCACUGAGAAUUUUUGAAUUUCAUUAGCCUGUAUAAUAGAAUUGGGGUUUCCAUGAUCUGUUGAAUUCAAGAGGUGGGUUCCGUUAGACAAAAGUGGUCUGAUUCUGAUUUUUUUUUUUUGUGAAGCAAACUUUCAAUUAAAACUUAGGAGGAAACAAUCAGGUUUGGUACAGAGGAGAGAGCCCGUUUGGCAACAGAGUGAUACAUAGAAAUGUGAAACCAAUGAACAUUACAUACAUACUAUGGCCUUUUAACUUGUGAUGUUUAUCCAUCAAUUUGAGGGAUAAUAAAAACAGAGUUCAUAAUAUGGUUCUUUCUUAAUAGUUCAGUAGAUGAAUGAUUCUUCCACAUCAAAUCUUGGUGAAAGAUUAGGGUAACAAAAAUUAAGAAGGAAGAAGACUUGAUAUCAUCAGAGACACGAAGUUUACAAAAGAAAUAUCGACUCCAAAAAAAUUGGUUAUGAAUAUAUAGUCUACUGUUAAAACUGAAAACUGGUCUCAGUAUAGCCAAAAAAAAUUAAAAGAGUAUCUACAACAUUCAAAAAAUAAUAUUUACAAGCACUUUUUUCUUUUGGUUAGUAGUCAUUUUUUUUGUUUCAUUAUUCAUUGAUGCAUUAAUGGGGAUGGUCUGAAACCUAAAUUUAUUUCUUGAUUGGGAACUUACCCUUAACCUUUUGGAUCUCCUGUGGUUCUAAAUAGAAGGCCUUGGCAAGCAAGUCAUCAGGAAUCGGGGGGUUAGCACCAAACAGAGACAGUCCAACACCUUGAGCCCCGGGGUUCUGACUGUCAAAAGCAGAGAGCACGGAAGCAGGAGCAUUGUUAGGGUUUUGCUGGAAAUGGAGAAGAGCUCUUGGGAA